AUGUCGCCAAAGGCAGAACAACAUUCCAGAUUAGCAGUGCUCGGAACAGUAGUGUUCUAUAUGGUAGUAGCAAUUAGUAUGACACUGUUGAAUAAAUCCGUAUUGAGCUCAACGCCCAUGCCUGUUUUCCUACUGUUGUGUCAAUCUGCCGUCGCGGUCCUACUAUUGGGCUUAGAGAACGCUUUCGGACCCUAUAAAACACCCAAAUUCGAAUCCACCACCGCUAAGGAAUUAGUCCCCUUGGUUUUCGUCAAUGUUCUUGGACUGAUAUUCAACAACGCUUGCUUGCAAUAUGUUGAUGCAUCUUUUCAUCAAGUUGCUAGAGGCUUAGUACUUCCUUUUACUAUCAUAGUAACGGUCAUAGUACUUCAUCAAUACCCUUCGCCUCUCGCAUUGAUAGCAGCAUUAGUAGUGACGUUUGGGUUUUUCUCUGGGGUGUUAUUGGAUCCAAAUCACGCUUCUUCAGCUGCAUCAGCUGCUGUAGCAGGAGAACAUACUUCAUCUCUAGGAAUAACCUUUGGUGCAAUGUCAAGUGUCUCAAGUGCUUGUCAUGCUGUUUUGAUCAAACGUGGAUUGGCAUCGGUAUCGAAUUCACCUAUAUCCUUGUCAUAUUAUAAUAACAUCUUAUCGACUUUAGCUUUGAUUCCAAUGUUCAUUAUUUCAGGUGAAGUACCAGCAGCCAUCAAUAUGUUAUCGAAUGGAACAGCAAGUCAAUUUGUUUGGGGUGCGGCGAUCACAGGAUUCUUCGGUUUCUUGAUUUCGUUAGCAAGUUUCCUCUCUAUCAAAGUCACUUCACCUGUGACGCACAUGAUAUCUUCCGCCUCAAGAGGUGUUUUACAAACCAUGUUAGCAGUCUACAUCUUUGGUGAUAUCAUGUCAAGAGGUCGAAUAAUAUCGAUCUUCUUGAUUAUCACAGGAUCAGUAUUAUACGUUUACGCCAAAAACGAGGAUUCGAAACGAGCCAAACAAUUCGAUAAGUCAACUUCGAACGGGAAUGCAGAAUCACAAGAUCCGGAAUCACUAGAAAGAGGCGAUAUCCUUUUCUCUUCUGAGAAGGAAAAGGAUGGGUAUAACGAGUAG